AGAGAGAGAGAGAGAGAGAGAGAGAGAGAGAGAGAGAGAGAAGAAGUCUUCACUUGCUGCUGCCUCUUACUCUACUAAGCAAACUCACUUCUCUAACACUUGAAAACCCUACUGAUUUCUGAGCCCAUUGUGUUUGUUUCUCGGGAAAUAGAGGGAUUUUGCUGAAACCCAGUUGGAUUUUGGCGAUUUUACUACUUGGGUUUGUUUGGUUUUUGUUUGUGGGAGUUUGAUAGAAGAAAAGAGGGAGUGAGUGAAGCAGAGGAGGAGGAAGAAGAAGAAGAAGAAGAAGAAGGAAGCAUGGAUACUUAUGAAGCGACGACUUUGGUUUAUGCGAAGAUCAAGAACUUGGAGCCAGAAAAUGCGUCGAAAAUCAUGGGGUUUCUUCUGAUUCAAGACCUGGGAGAGAAGGAUUUGAUACGGUUGGCUUUUGGGCCUGAAACCCUUUUGCAUUCACUGAUUCUGAAGGCGAAAGCUCAUUUAGGGUUUUCUCUGAACUCUUCUUCCUCUACGCCUUCUUCUCCUUCGCCUCUCAAUCCCAUAGCCAGACCCACCAGCAGUAACCCUUUCUCUCAAUCUUCGCCGAGGAUCCCUAAUAAUGGCUUUGACUUGAGUAAGAACCCUUCUUCUCCCUCGUCUACCAGCUCCUGGUCGCUUUCGGGCAUCGCUAACAACGCCAUUAGCCCCAAAUCGAGCCCCCUUCUGUCUUACGACAGUAUUCGAGCUGCCCCAUUCUCAGUGCCUCCGUUUCUGCAGCACAAAAAUGGGUAUGUCGAUUCUGAAGUUGUCAUUGAGGAGCCCCAAGUUAACGAGUACCUAUCCUUCCUCAAUGAGUCGUCUUCUUCGAGAAAUGAGGAUUUGGUGGAUCCAAGGAUGGAGUUAGGGCGCGGUUUGCAGAAUUGGACGCAGUCUAUGGACAAUGCAGACACCCCUUUUCAUAGAAGGAGCUAUUCGGCUAGCGAUGUCUGUUUUGGGUCUGAAGAUGGAGGAUUUGGAGUUGGGUACAAGCCCUGCCUUUACUUCGCGAGAGGUUUUUGUAAAAAUGGCAGUAAUUGCAAGUUCCUGCAUGGCGAUUUUUCUGAUUCGGUUGAUGGUUCUGCCGCCGUUGUUGGUUCUCCCAGUAAACUAGAGGGCUUGUUCGAGCAGCGUGAGGAGUUGAUGAGGUAUAAGGCCGCACAGCAACAGAGGUUGGCCGCCGCAUCGGAGUUUAUGGCCGGAGUUUCACCUUCACAGUAUAACAAGUAUCUUAAUUUUCUUCUGCAACAACAGAAUGAGACUCAUAGAGCUACAGCAGCAGCGCUUAUGAUGGGAGAAGAGUAUCAUAAGUUUGGCUUGUGCAGAGGUGAAAGGAAUGACUUUUUGGCUUUGGCUGCUGAGAAACGAAACUCAGCCUCGAGACAGAUUUAUUUGACAUUCCCAGCUGAUAGCACCUUUAAGGAUGAAGACGUUUCAGAGUAUUUCAGCAAAUUUGGGCCCGUGCAAGAUGUUAGGAUUCCAUACCAACAGAAGCGGAUGUUUGGGUUUGUUACAUUUGUCUACCCAGAAACCGUAAAACAUAUAUUGGCAAAGGGAAAUCCGCAUUUCAUAUGUGAAUCACGAGUACUUGUGAAACCCUACAAGGAGAAGGGAAAAGUUCCUGAAAAGAGGCAGCAGCAUCAACAACAGCAACUAGAGAGGGGCGACUUUUCUCCUUGUUUGAGCCCUUCUGGACUGGACGCCCGGGACCCUUAUGACUUAAACCUCGGAGCAAGAAUGAUGUAUAAUGCUCAAGGGAUGAUGUUGCGAAGGAAAUUAGAAGAGCAAGUUGAAUUGCAGCAAGCUCUUGAACUUCAGGGAAGAAGAUUAUUGAAUCUCCAGCUUCCCGACUUGAAGAACGAUCAGCUACACCACCAUCACCCGCACAAUUUACCCAUUUGUUCUCCGUUAUCCACUGAAUCACAUAAUCAAAUGAACCAGAAUGUUAUAAUUCCUCCUGAUUUUAUAAAUCAAGAAGCUUCUGAAGGCCAUGAGAACAGUCAAGUAACUACCAACAAUGCAAUAACCACACAGCAAAAUUUUCAGCUGGAGGAGAAUCCUUGUUUUAUCCAAAGCAACAGCAGUGGCAAAGCCACAGAAGACCGCUACAACUCUGAACUGCUUGAAAUCCACAAAAGUAUUGAGCAGGUCCUUCCAGAUAGCCCAUUUGCUUCUCCUAAAAAAUCUGCUGCCUUGGGUCAAAAUUCUGAUUUCUCUUCUGUUAAAGCGGAUGGGUGCGGUCCCAAUUCGUUACCGUCAUCUUCCCAGAGCAAUUCGUCACUGCCUACUGGUCCUGCUGGUGACAUAGCUUCUCCUUAAUAACUUCUUACCCCCACAGCUGAAAUGGCAAGGUCCUGUUAUUCUCUUCCUUGUGGUAGCUCACUUUCCAUCGUGCUAAUUUAAGAAGUCAGUAAUUCAAAGUAAGAUACAUUACUUUCCUUAGGAUUCUAUUCCUUGAGUGAAUCUUUUGAAAUAUAGGCAAUAACUGCAUGAGCAUGGCCAGCAAAUAUCAACAAUGUUAGGAAAAAAAAUUAGAGAAGCAUAUAGCAGGCAGAAGAAUUAUCCCCGGAUGUAUAGCGAAACUAUACCUACUUCCAAGAGUAGAUCUAUUACUACUAUAGAGAGGAUCUCCACAAGUAUCAUCUUCAUCAAUACAUACUCCUAACAGCAAAAUACAUAUAAUUUCCAUACAAUUUAGGAACAGAUGAUUUGGUUUAUGAGAGUUUAGGGUCUUCUGUGUUUUAUUUUGUGCCCUAUUUGGGGUGUGUGCUGGACCAUGCUGACUAAAGAACUACGGUCGGAUUAACUCCGUUUUACAUCGUUCAACUUACACAUAAGUUCUUCUGUUUGUUUUUGUCAUUCAUUUCUAGUUAGGUAGAAUUUUAAGUUUCUGUGAAAAGCUCACAAGAGCCUCUUUAUGUAUAUAGCAGUAGUGGUAGGGACCUAAGAGGACAGAAGACUUGAAAAAUUUGUUGUAGCUGACUGAUGAAGAAAUAUCACAAAACUCAUUGGGACCAUAAAA